GAGCGGGCGGGGACGGUGCCAGUCGGGUGGGCGCUGAGGUCGGGAGGGGCGGGAGCUGGAGAGAUUCGCCAAUCGGUGCGGACUCCGGUUGUCCACAGCCCCGGGCCUGGGCAGCUGGGCACCCAGGCGCAGUUCCCCACCCGGUGCGGACUUCGGAACCCGCCGGAGGACUGACUGGCGCCGCCCUGCGAGCGCGUCUCCGCUGGACCCGGCGCCCCGGCCGGUCCGUUCCCCGCGGGGAUGCGCGCCCUGGCGGCCCUGGACGCGCCCCCGAGUGAGCGGCUACUUCCCCGGGACCCCGAGGCUCCCCGCGACGCCGACGCCGCGCGUCCAGGGCGCAGAAGCGCAGUGGAGAGGCUGGCUGCCGAUCGCGCCAAGUACGUGCGGGGCCCGGGGGCGGGUCGGGACGCCGCUUCCCAGGGCAGCGGCCCGGGAGCGGUCAAGUGCCCGGGAAACGACCCUGGGCCCCCGGCCCGCGCCCCCGCCCCGGUGGCUCGCAGGGCUAUUGCGCGGAAGCCGCUGAGACCCGACUCGCUCAUCAUCUACCGCCAGAAAUGCGAGUUCGUGCGAGGACCGGGCGCCGACGGCCGCAGGGCGAGCCUGGUGAAGAAGCUCUUCCAGGGGCCGGGCAAGGACAAGGCGCCGGUGCCCCCCGAGACUCCCCGGACGGGCGACGAGGGCAAGGCAGGGAACCCGGAGACCGUCCCGACCAAGCCUGGCCCCGCAGCGGCCCCCGCGACCCCCGAGACCCCAGCCCCCUCCGCGCGCACCGGCUCCGCUGCUCCCUCCACGGUCCCGGCCGCGCCCCCUGGCCCGGAGCCGCGGGUAGUGAGGCGGCGGGGGCUGCAGCGCUCGCAGUCGGACCUCAGCUCGCGCUACUCCGCCGCCCUGGCCGAGUCUGACACCUUCUUCCAGUACUGCGGCCUGGACCCAGAGGUGGUGGAGGCCCUGGGCAGGGAGAACUUCACGGCGGGGUCGGACCGGGUGACCCUCAAGGUGCGCAGCGUGAGCGUCGCCACCUCCGGCAGCGGCUUCUCACGGCACAGCGACGACGACGGGCUGCAGGAGGAGGAGCUGAUGGAGCAGGUGCCCAGCACCACUUCCGUGGUCGAGAGGAACGCUCGCAUCAUCAAGUGGCUGUACACUUGCAGGAAGGCCAAAGAGACCCCGGGCCAGGGGCUGCAGGGGCCGGCAUGACCGCCUGCGCCGGAGCGGUGCAGGGCCCAAGGAAGCAAAUCUUCCCGAUGAUGAAGACUUCUUUUUUUUUUUUUUUUUUUUUUUUUUUUUUUUGAGAUGGAGUUUCGCUCUUGUUACCCAGGCUGGAGUGCAAUGGCGCAACCUCUACCUCCUGGGUUCAGGCAAUUCUCCUGCCUCAGCUUCCUGAGUAGCUGGGAUUACAGGCACGCACCACCAUGCCCAGCUAAUUUUUUGUAUUUUUAGUAGAGACGGGGUUUCACCAUGUUGACCAGGAUGGUCUCUAUCUGUUGACCUCGUGAUCCGCCCGCCCCGGCCUCCCAAAGUGCUGGGAUUACAGGCACGUGCCACCGCGCCCGGCAGUUUUGUAUUUUUAGUAGAGACAGGGUUUCACCAUGUUGGCCAGGCUGGUCUCGAACUCCUGACCUCAGGUGAUUUGCCCAACUCGGCCUCCCAAAGUGCUGGGAUCACAGGCGUGAUGAUGAAGACUUCUUGAAGGAUUUCAUGGGUGACUUGGCAUCCCAGGGCCAUUUUGCCAGUAUGCCUAGGUGACCAUGAUUGCUGUUUUCCCUGGGAAUACAGCACCCCAUUGACAAAGCUUACGCGCUCUCAGGUUUCAAAUACAACAGAGAAUAUGGGAACACAGAUUUUGAAAUUUAGCUGAAUUGUAAUGGCUGAAUCUCUAAGAGGCAUUUUCCUUGUCUGAGGUGAAAGUAGCAUUGCUUCCAGAGGGCUAACCCUACAGCCGUGUGGAGAUCUUUUUGACUGACUUGCUGACAGAACGGACUGUGAUGCAUUUUAACAAUAUCUAAGUUGAUUUUUUUUAAAUCAAGGAAAAUGAAAACCAAGCAUGAAUGCCACGUUAUGUGCUCCUUUUGACCAUCCUGGGCUGAUUAGCAUCAUUUAAAUCAAAGUAAUCAUGAACAGGUAUAUUCUGUUUCAAUCCCGUGGCCCAGAAAGAGUAAACACACACGGUCGCGCACACCGACCCCACUUGCCAGAGCAUUACUGCACUAUAAACUACAUUUAAAUCCCAAACUAUACUACUGUGUACCUUAUUUAACAAAUCAGAGAGCACUUUAAAAAUAACUGGAGGACCACAAGGUCAUUCUAUUAAUGCCAUUCUCCAUUUGGGUUGUAGGCAUGGGGAAGUACCCAUUAAAAGAUGAAUUCGAGUUUAAAUACUGAUCAGUAAAACCUCGUACUGUAACUGGACAGUUUCGGGAGGGUUGGAAGAAGAAUCUCCAGUUUCCUGGUCAGAUGAAUACAACGUUUCACUUUUGCAGCUCUAUUUAGAAUGUACUUCACAGUUCUCUUGUUCCCAGCUUCCAAAAAGAACCGAAAACUGGUUUACAUGGAACACAGGCAUCUGAGGCAGGACCUCUUCGCUGCCCUUUGAUCUGACUCACACCUCCAGAUAUGACAUAAUCAACCCACAUCUGACUUUUCUACAUCACUCUUUUCUACAAAGAGCAUAUUUUGAAACAAGGGACAGCCUGGGGGUGGCUGGAAUGAGAAUGUUGAUGGGGGUUACUGGGUCCCUGAUUGUGAACUCGUUCAUGACACCCACAGAACCUUCUGAGAAAUAACCCAAAGAAAAUUUGUUACCCAGCCAAUUCUUCAAGAGCUUACUAUCAAAAUAUAUCUUUUUCAGAAGAAAAUCAUUAGCCAGAAGAAAGUGCAGGGGGGAGAAAUGGGUUUCUCACUGAUACCAUAUUUUGUUAACCAUUUCAUUUUGAAUUAUUCAAGUCUUGGUUAAUAUUGUAUUCUAUUUUUGUGACUAUUUUACUGUGAGAGGAGGUCAUUGGGUUACUUAGAUAUUUAUUUUUACACAGUUAUUUGUCUUCUGAUAGUUUUAUUUUACUUCAUGUGAUUUUAGUUUUUAUCAGUAUAAUUUUAAAUCAUGUUUUUCUUGGUCAUCUCUGUGUAUAUUGUAUAAUUGAAUUUUUAUCGUUUGACUGCAAGUGGAGUGUCUGCCACUCAGUACUGUAGUGACUUGUUUUCAAGUAAGUCCCAGAUGCAGGUUUGGGAGUCUUUUCUGGCCACCAGAUGCACCUUUCUGAAUGCAGACUCUGUCAGGACAGCAGGUCCCCUGAUCUAAGCAUUUCCCAAUGGUUGCUCUGAAAAUGCUGCUGUUUUUCUGUUCACUGCAUUGCACUUAGUUAAAAAAAGAUAAUGUUAAGGACGAGAGCAGUUUUUUUAAAGGAUCUCUUCAAAUACCCAGUUCCUUAUUUUCAGAUGUCCCAUUAAUUUUAUAUAUGAAAACUUUACGUAAAAGUUUCUAUUGUCAGAGCAGGAUGGAUGCAGCCUGGGGCGGAUUUAUUUAAGAUCAAAAUGGUGAAGAUUCAUCAUUCAUAUAAUAGGUGAAAAAUAUAAAAACAAAGUGGUUUCCACUAAAACCACCAAGAUCGUUUAGAACUGUCUGCAUCUUCGGUGGUGGCACAGGAAAAGAGAGAGUUCAUUGGAGUAAAUUCUAAAAGUACGCAUCAGAAACGGGCAUGAAGAACAGGGAAUCGGGUGGCAUCAGAGUCCUAAGAAGUGAGUUAAUCCUCCUUCCCUUCCAUUUAGAUUCAUGUCUCAGCUCCAUGUCUUGAGUAUGUGUAAAAUGUGAGAAGUUCUUUCUUCAGCCAGCGGUUACUCACGUCUUUAAUCCCAGUGCUUUGGGAGGCCAAGGUGGGAGGAUCACUUGUGCCCAAGGGUUUAAAGCUGCAGUGAACCAUGAUUGCACCACUGCGCUCCAGCCUGAGUGACAGAGCAAGACCCUGUCUCUAAAAAUAUACAUAAAAAGUAAAACUAAAGAACGUCUUGCCUAAACCUGAAUUACUCAAUUUAAUGAGUGACUUUGAGAAAAAUCAGACUGUUUAGUUCAGUCUGUAUGAAAAGGUUUUGAUUGCUUUCCACAGGAGGGUGCAGCAGUGACAGCUGAAGAUGCUUAUAUUUGUUCAUGAAAUAAUGACAUUUUAAAAAAAUGUAAUUAAACAUAAUGAAAAAAUGAUUGAUAGAGCAAAGAAAAUAACAGUAGUCUUUUUCACUUAUAUGUGGGUACGGAUCAGCAAUGCCUUAGAGUAAAAGGUACUCAUGUACCUAGCUGGUUUCCUAGUUAUGUGUACACAUAAAUACACGUAGUGUUUUAAACUACUGGGCAUUGACACUGGUUGGUUCAAAGUUCAGCACUGUGGUUAUCACCGGUGAUGCCGGAAAGCAUCAGUAGACUUAGACAAUCGUUAUGGCAGUUUCCAGACAGAGCUUUUUCUAUAUACUAUUUGUAACUGGUGUGCAAUAUUGAAUAUUCUGUAUUAAGGAAAUAAAGUAUUUUUUAUCAUUUAUUCAUACUGA